GUCUAGAGACGAGAGAGAAGACCAGUCCUUGUUCUCAUCUGGAGGUCCAGAGGUCCUCAUCUGGCAGCAGGGUCAUUGUCCUGGUUGAGGUUGGAUGUCUCAGGAAUGAAGAAGACACCUGGUGGGGGAAAGCAAGAUGGGGGAAAAGCUCCAGCGCCAGCUACAGAGCUCCAGCCAGCAGCAGAAGCAGAGCAGUGGGCAGUGGUGGAGGUAGAGCUGGCUCCAGCUCUGUUGACAUCACCCCUUCUAGCGCUGGAGCCAGCGUCCCCUCUAUCAGCAGUGUUGGCUCUGGAGCAAGGGCCAACAUCGGCUCCAGCAGGAGUGAGAACUGCUGAGCUGGAGUCACCUGGACCAUCAUUUCUAGUGGGAAGUCCAUCUCCACCUGUGCUUGUUAAGCAGCGUGAGAAGAAGCCUAACAUCAUGGCCUUCCCUCCUAAGCUGGUGGUGGAGCAGUUGACCGUGAUGGAUGCGGAGUGCAAGAUCCUGAAGAACUCCUCGCCCUGCACUGUCAUCUCUGCUCUGCAGAAAACCUCCACAAACCACCUGAAGAACACACAGCGGAAGUUUCCUUGGAGAUCCCUGAAAAACUUAAGAAGCGCUAUAGCCAAGACAAGUCCUUGAGCAGAGAACUGAUGACCAAGGAGCGGCCCUCCACGUUUGCCUCCAGGAGAGCAACCCCCAGAGAGUGCAGGAGAAGCAGCAGCAGCAGCAGCAGCAGGUGAGUGGUGUUGUCCCCUAUCUUGGCACUUUCCUCGGUGAACUGCUGAUGCUGCACCUGGCGAUGGGUGAUUAUCUCGAAGUGGAUGAAUCUGAGGACCAGGCAGGAAGGACCAGGAUCCUGAGCCUGGGGAUGCGUGAGCCCCCGAACUGAGCUCUGAGCUCUCAGCACUUGGCACAUCUCCUCUCAUGAGAGCCUCACAGCCGCCCCUGGGAGCUGGGGCAUCAGGCCCAUCUUAGGGAUGAGUGAACAGAGGCUCUGCCUGAGACAUCCAUUCUCGUUCCUCAGGCUGGGGAAGCUCAGAGCUGCCUGAUGGCACAGCUGCGUGAGGUUUUAUCUGAGCUGGACUCUGCCUGUCCCUCCCAUGCUGCCCGUGGAGGGAGAGAGCAGUCGCCCUCCCCCAAGUCAGG